GUAUUAGGAAUCAUAGAACCUUGAAAGAAUUUCCCAUAUGAACUUGAUUUUGGGCUUUAGUCCACUGAAUGUACGAGACAACUAACAGGCGAACCCAUUCUUAUAAUAUUUUAAUCUCGAGAGGGGAGAGAGACAGAGAGACAUGAAAGGGAGAGAGGAGAGAAAAGGAGAUAAAGGGUUGGUGUGGAAGCUUCCGGUGGUGAAAUCCAGGCACCUGGGGAAGGUUGGUCCUGCCUUCGGCCUCGGCGCUGGCUGCGGUAUUGGCUUCGGCAUCGGCCUCCUCGGUGGUGCAGGUUUUGGUCCGGGAAUUCCAGGCUUACAACUUGGCCUUGGCAUUGGUGUUGGAUGUGGGGUUGGUGUUGGAUUCGGCUAUGGUUUUGGGAGCGGCAUAGCACAGGAUGAGGACCGGAGAUAUUCUAGUAUUGGGAAUCUUAACUAUGGUUCUAGAAAUUUUCCUACGCAGGAUGAGAUUGGUGCACUUGUAGAUGACCUUGUAGAUAAUACAAAGAAGCUUGUAAAGGCUACUUCAAAAGAAAUAGACAAAUGGAGAAGAUGAAUUUAUUGACUGUCUUUUUUGUGGGUGACAUUUCGAAAAGGAAAAAACAAAUUGGGUCACAAUUUAAAUUUUCACUUGGGAAAUAAUAUCUUGUAAUUCGGCUGCGUAACCAUGAAAUGUGAAAAUUUAUGCCGUCUCUUGUAACAAAUUGUCUUGGUAAGUUCGCCUUGUAAGGGUGUCUUUGGCGAUGGGCAUAGGAUCUUAAUAUGUAUGAACUUUUCUCUUAUGUUCCCAAUAUGUGAACAUAUUGACGAUUUUUCUAAUGAAAAUGUUAUGUACAUUGCUGAA